AUGUUACUGAGGCUGCUUCAAGGGCAGCAAGAGCAGCUUCAGAGGCUGCAAGAGAUGAUGGGAGCCCAGGUUCAUGGGCAGCAGCAGCUUGCAGCUGCGACACAGAGCUUUGCAUCGGCAAGCUCGGCGGCUACCAAGGGGCGUGGCCUGAUUGAUGUGAAAGCUGUGGGGCGACCGAGCCAGCUGGGCGGUACUUUGGAAGAGGCGUCGCGGAACUGGCGCCAAUGGUCGUAUCGUCUUGAGCUUUGGUUGGCCUCGCAAUUUCCGGAUGCUAGGAAGAUCGUUGCUUGGGUCAAGGAAAGAGGAGAUACCGAGAUUUCUUUGGCAAGCUUGGAGUCGACUUCGAUUACGGGCGUUGCCAAGGAAGCGGUGCUGGAGUUUAAUCGCCAGCUUGAGGUGGUGCUUGGGACGUUGACCAGCGAUGCGCCUGGGGACAUCACAAUGAAUAGUUCGACUGGGUCAGAUUUGGACAUGUUCCGGAGGCUGCACGCCCGCCUUGAUCCAUCGGACAUGGUUACCAGCAUGAGGUGGCUCAGGUCACUUAUGAGCACUUCGGCGGUGGAUUCCGUCACCGACUUGGUGCCGGCCAUUGAGAAAUGGGAGGAUGCCCAUCGGCGGUACAGCCAGCGGAAGGACUGCGCACCUUUAACGGAGCAGCAGAAGAUGGUUUCCUUGAUCGGCCUUGCGCCGUCUGAGCUUCAGGGCCACCUGGAGCUAAACCUGGGAAGGCUCAGCAGCUAUGAGUUGCUGAGGAGAGAGAUGGUGUCCUUUGUGGAUACCAAGCGGGCCUUUACGGCCACGGACGGUGCUGUGCCAAUGGAGGUGGAUGCUUUGAAGGGUGCCAAAGGACCGAAGGGAAAAGGAAAGAAAGGAGACAAAGGAAAGGACAAGGCUCAAGCGGGUAAGGGUAAUAAGAACCGGCCAAAGGGCCGAGCUAACGAGCUUGACGGCACAGAGGGCGGCGCCAUGGAUGGGGCCGGCGAUGCCGAGUAUGAGGCCGAAGAGCCUGAUGAAAAAGCCGAGUUGGGUUUCAUUGGGGCUCUGGAUGGCGAAGGUGAUGCUGAUCCCAAUGCAAACCCUAUAGACGGCAGGGAAGACGAUAGCGGGGGUGAUGGAGCGCUUCGUUCUUCACCUGAUGCCGACCACUCUGGAGCCGGGAGCUCUACGGAUCCCCCGGCACCCAAGCCAAGGAAAGGCGAAGGGAGCUUGAAGCUCAGAUCGCUGAGGCUGAUGCUGGACAUGGUCAAGGGCCAGAUAAGGAGGGCCCAAGAGCUCAAAAGGAGCCGGGAAGAGAGGAUCUCGGCUAGGCGUCAGGCCGACUUGGAUGCGGGCCACAACCCGCGGUUGGCCAAGCGGAAGGAAAAGAGCCGCCAGCGGGCGGCCAAGCACCGGCAAAGCCUCAGGCUAGGGCAAGCACGAGUCAGGAGGGAGGAAGCCCUGGAGAGGAGGUUUAAUAUCCCCGAGAGGGCACGCAAGCAGGAUGAAUAUCCGUUGCUGCCCAGUGCUGGGUCCAAGGUGGCUGCGCCACCAUCUCGCCGAGAGAAGGCUAUGAUGAGGGGUGACGGCGAGGCCCGACGGCUAACGCCGGAAGGCCGUGAAGGCAAGAGGCUGCGAGAACAGAAGAGAAAGAAAAGGAGGGCUCAGGAGAUGAAGGAAGAAGCGGGUGGUGGACCGCCUCGGUCCCCACCGGCAAAGGAGCCGAGUACCCCGCCAGCUGGCCACGAGUCAAGAAAGAAGAAGAAAGGAGAGGAAGAGGAGGAGCUGGUGGAAAUGAUUUUCACCUUCCCCGAGGCCGUGGUGUACUCCUUCGAGCCAGGGUUUGGUGGAGCCGCUUCGGCCACCACCACCCAAGUGAUCCUGGACAGUGGGGCAAGUCACAACGUGAUCCCACAAGAGUGGGUGAAGCACCUUGAGUGGGGACCCGCCGAAGGACCGGCAGGCUUCCGCACCGCGGAUGGAAGCUGGUUGCCAAACCCCGGUACGGCCGUGGUGUCUUUGAGGUCGACCGAAGGGUUUUCCUUUAAGGUCCGGUUUUGCGUGGCCUCGGUGCAGCGUGCGCUUUUGAGCGCAACCCAAGUGCUGAAGCUUGGGCACACGAUCGUCCUGAAGGGAUCGAAAGCAGUGAUCCAUGUGAAAGGAAGCAAGGAGAAAACUUUGGUGUUCAAAAUCCUUGGGUCGCCCAAGGCGACGUUUGCUUUCAAAGGUUUCCUGCGGCACUGCCCGGAGGAGAGCAGGCCCCCUCCGGUAGCUAGUCCUCCCGACCACUUUUUCAUAGGAUCAGAAGGAGAAGAGGACGAAGCCGAGGAGGAAAGAAGCAAAGCAAAGGAAAAGGCAAAGGAAGAGCCAGGAAGCCCGACGCGCAAACCAAAGGAAAAGCCAGGAAGCUCAACACGCAAAGCAGAGGAAAAGCCAAGAAGCCCAACACGCAAAGCAGAGGAAAAGUCUAGGUCCAACUCGGGCAAGAAUCGAUCUGGAUCCCUUUAUGUGGGUGAAGCCGGUAGAGCUGAUCCACCAAGGGAGGAAGCUGCUUCAGCGUCCUCCCAGCCGCAGGUCGAUGAGGGUCAAUCUGCUCAGCCGUUGGCGCGGCCAGACCGACCAACGCCCGAGAUGAUAGCAGCUCAUGAGGUUUCCCACGUCCCGUACAGGAGUUGGUGCAGAGCCUGCGUCGCAGGUCGUGGUCGAGCCUAUCAGCACAAAGCUUCGGGUCAGGAGUCCACGGUGCCAGUCAUCAGCAUGGACUACCUCUACUUCAAUGAGAGAUCCGAUGGUGCUGGUCUGCCCACCAUAGUCCUUCGUGAUCGCCACUCGAAGGCUAUCUUCUCGCACCUCCUCCCGUGCAAGGGAACUACUGGGUCAACGCACCCUGAGCGAGCUAUCUUGAAGGACCUUGAAUUCCUAGGGUACAAGAAACUGGUCCUGAAGAACGACCAAGAAGCUUCCAUCAAAGCUCUAUCUCUCGCUGUCCGCAAUGGCUUCAGUGGGGAGAUUGUUCCGGAAGAGUCACCUAAAGGGGACCACCACGGACAAAGCAACGGAGAAGCUGAGAGGUCUGUUCAGACCGUACAGGGUCUAGUGCGAACCCUGAAAGCCAGUUUAACCGAGAAGGGCAUUACCCUUGAACCCACUUCAUCCGUGUUUGCUUGGAUGAUUGAAUAUGCCGGAGUGCUGCACACCCUGUUCAGUCAAGAGCUUCAUGAAGGGCUGACGCCUUUUCAGCGAAUAAAGGGGCGCAAGUGGCAAGUUGCUUUGCCAUGCUUCGGUGAAGCUGUGGACUUCCGCCGCAACACGCGCUCAAAGCUGGACUCGCGAUGGCAAUCUGGAGUUUAUCUGGGUCUGCGCCUGCAAAGCACGGAGAAGAUCGUGGGAACCAAUCAAGGGAUCUUCGUGGUCCAAAGCAUCAAGCGGAAACCCGAGGGUCAACAAUGGGAUUCCGACUUGGUCAAGGCAGUUCGUGGAUUGCCCUGGAAGACCUCUCCGGAUGAGACUGGAGAUGGUGCUCGAUUACCCGAGCCACUGACCGUUCGAGCCCAGGUUGAGGAGGGACUGCCUCCACCCGCUCGUGAACUGGUUAAGCCCGAGGUAGCACCCUUCAGGCGUACCUACAUCCGCCAAUCUGACCUGGACAAGUUUGGGUAUACGGCUGGAUGCGAGGCAUGCUCAGCGAUCCGUGAGGGUCGAAAGAGAACGGGGAUCAACCACACUGAGCACUGCCGCUCAAGGAUCAUGGAAGCCCUAAAGGAUUCAGAAAGUGGAAAGACCCGACUGGAACGCGAAGAGCAACGUGAGAGUGAAUUCUUCGACAAGGUGAAUAUAGCGGAAGAGAAGAAGAGGAAGGUGAGCACAGGGCAGGAGGCGUCUUCUUCCGCAGAACCUCCAGCGACCCAACCUUCCAGACCUCUGACCAUUGCUCGCCAACCGCCUUUGAGGCCAGUGGUUCCGAGUGAACCUAGCUCUCUGCCACCUGGUGGUGCGGCUGCCGGCCAGAAGAGAAAGAGUGAAGGCGGGGGGGACGAGGGUCGUGCCGAGCUGGCACCUCCUGACGAAAGGUCCGAAGGUCAAAAGCGCAAAUCACCUGAGAAUGCCGAGGGCAUGAUCGAAGAGCUCAUUCUUCAAGAGCGCGAAGGUUUCAUUGCCAGUGUCGAGAACGAGGAACAACCUACAUGCGACUUAGAGGACGACUUGCGGGAGGAAAAGUUCUACGACGAGAAUACUGGUAAAGAGCUUCCCGCCGAAGGUGUCAAGCAAGCCCGCAUGGAAGAGAUACAAGUUAUCAAAGACAUGCAGGUAUGGGAGCCGAUACCAAGACCCCCUGGCGAACGGGUCAUCGGCACCAGAUGGAUUGACAUCAACAAGGGGGAUGAUCUUCGAAAGAAACUGCGCUCAAGGCUGGUAGCACAAGAACUGAAACGAAAGAAAGGAGUCAACGAAGAUCCGAGCUGGACCGAGUUCUUUGCGGCAAUGCCGCCAUUGUCUUCGUUGCGGGCUCUCUUCGCGUUGGCUACGACUGGGCGCGUACCCGGCCCAAACAAGAAAGCCUUUCAGAUGAACGAGCAUGGGGAAGUCUGUGUGCUGUUCAUUGAUGUGAAGAAAGCCCACUUCUGGAGUCCAGUUAGGAGGCGACUCCUCGUGGAGCUACCACCAGAAGCUGGAGAAGGACCUGACAAGGUCGGCCUUCUCAAAAGGAGCCUCUACGGAACUCGAGAUGCACCAAGCAACUGGGAACAUGCCAUCAAGAAGGUAAUGACCGAUUUGGGUUUUAAGCAAGGGGUGUCCAACCCGUGCCUUUACUUUCAUCCUGAGCAUGGCUUACGUUGCAAUGUGCAUGGAGACGACUUCACUGUCGUCGGGGGCUACAACAAGCUUCAAUGGUUGAUUGAGUCACUUCAGAAAGCGUGGACAAUCGAGGUGCGAGGAAUCUUGCCAGGAGUCACUCACAGCAUCUCUGUGCUGAACAGAUUGGUUACGUGGACCAAUGAGGGGAUUGAGAUGGAAGCCGAUCCUCGCCACGUGGACCUGGUGCUGGAACACCUGGGUUUGAAUAACUCCAGCCCUGUUACCACACCGCUUGUUAAAAGCACAGGGGAUGAAGAUGAAAGUCCACUCUCCAAGGAAGAUGCUGGACUCUAUCGGUCCAUAGCAAUGAGGAUUGGGUAUCUGUCAAGCGACAGGCCCGACAUGCUUCGGACUGUGAGGGAACUCGCUAAAGGGCUUAAGGAACCCACUCAAUAUCACUGGAACCUGCUCAAGCGUGCAGGGAGAUACUUGAGAGGGGCACCUCGCCUCGUGCAGCUUAUCCCUCACCAAGAAGGGUUCAGUGUCAUUCAAGGAUGGAGUGACACAGAUCAUGCAGGAUGCGUUCGCACGAGAAAAUCCACAACCGGGACAGUCGUGCAACUAGGGAAGGCAGUCAUCAAAGCCACUGCAAAAGGGCAGGCAGUCAUAGCACUAUCCAGUGGGGAAGCUGAAUACUACGGCUUGAUAUCCACCACCAGCGCUUGCCUGGGAGAACAAGCAAUGUUAGCUGAUUGGGGCAUCAACUGCCCUGUGAUUAUCAACAUGGACGCCACCACUGGCAUAUCCAUUGGAAGCCGGAGAG